UUUCCAUCUAACACCAAACAUUUGAGAAAGUAUUUAACUAAUAAGGACAGAGAAAAGGACUUCAGUCAUUUUGAAACUUGCUCUUUGCUGUUCCUGCAUUAGUGUUACGUACAUAAAAUGUGGACUCUAGAAAUUUGAUUUACUGUUUCAUUAAGGAAACUGAUGUCCAAGUGACAAGUGUGAAUUGCAGAUUAAGAUUCAGAUAGGCCUAUCAUCUUUAACAGCAGGGAGAAGUUUCUGAGAAAAGACCCCAAAAAGCUACAAACAUUUGUGAAGAGAGCUCAGAAAUGGGGGUUCCUUUAAAGCUCUUCAGUUUCGCUUUUGGGAUUUUUUACUUAACCUUUACACGAUGUCAAGAUUGUCUUCCAACUGCAAGUGACAUUCAAUUGGAAGACACAGAACCACUUGACCAACGUUCUUACAAUGAUGGGGAAACAGUAAAAGUCAAUUGCAUUACAGGUUUCAUCGGCAUGUAUAAAUUUAAGUGUAAUAAAGGGAUUUGGGAGAGGACACUUGAUCGAAAAUGCACAAAAAAAAAAUGUGGACAUCCAGGCGACACACCAAAUGGAGAUUUUAGUCUUUUAGGAGGGAACACUGAGUUUGUUUUUGGCGCAACUGUGCAAUACACUUGCAACAAAGGGUACGAAAUGGCAAGUAGAAUAAAUAAGCGGACAUGCAGAAGCAAUGGGUGGGAUAAUGCUGUUCCUGCUUGUGAGAUGGUGAAAUGCCUCCCAAUUCACACAGAAGAGGAUGUGAUUGCAACGGGCAACACAGAAGAAGGAAGUUAUGGUGAUGUAGUUCAGUUUGACUGCAAGUCUCCUGAAAAAAGUAUAGAUGGAAGUAGUGACAUUUACUGCAAGGAGACUGGCGAGUGGAGUGCAUCUGUUCCUAAGUGUAAAGAGAUAUCAUGCAAACCGCCGAACAUUCGACAUGGGACUAUUAAGCAGAGGAAAGAGUACAAGAAAGAUGACAUAUUACAAUAUGAAUGUGAUACAGGAUAUAAACCCAGACAAGGAACUCCUAAGUGCACUAAACAUGGCUGGACACUGGAGGCAGAAUGUGAAGAUAUUACUUGUGAACUUAAGGAAACCAAAUUUGGAAUGGAAAGAAUCGUGCCAGAGGGAAAAAAUUUUUUUAGAGUUGGAGAAACUGUGCACAUUACCUGCUCUGAAAGAUACAGGAUCUUUUUUUCAAAAGAAACCAUCAAAUCAUUUAAAUGCCUACAUAAUGGGGAAUGGGAUUACACACCUGUUUGUGAAGAGAUUACAUGUGAAGUGCCACGUGACAAUCGUCUUUAUCGUGCGUGGUCUUAUUUUUCUGGAAAUAUGAGAUUGGAUGUAAGAAAAUCUUACAAAUGUUUGUCUGGUUAUCGUCAAGUGGCAAGGGAGGCCACAUGUACAAAAGAUGGUUGGAAACCUGAUCCACUGUGUGAUGACAUUAAGUGUGAAGAACCAAAUAUCCCAUAUGCUAAGUUUGAAAAACAAACUAAAACUCGCUACGAAGUUGAUUCACGAAUAGUGUAUCAUUGUCAUACUGAACCUCAGCGGCGCAUAGAAAUCAUUUGUAAUUACCAGGGCGUAUGGACAAACAUACAGCCCUGUACUGAUAAGAAAGAAUAUUGCACUACACCACUUGUGAAAAAUGGGUUCAUGGAUAGAGACAGCUCCAAUGAGCAAAUUAUCUAUUAUUCAUGCAAUCUGGGUUAUAAACCAUACUUUGAGAACUGGUGGGAAGCAGCAAUGUGCACCGAUGGGACCUGGAAAGAUGAGCCAAAAUGCAUCAGGGUGGAUGAAUGUGGUGUUUGGCCCAGCAUUCAACAUGGACAACUAAACAAUCACCCCGAACAAUCUGCUUUAGAGCUUAAAUGUGAUUCAGGGUUCAAACCAUCACACACAGUGAUCAGAUGCAUCAACGGUACAUGGGAGACAGCAACCUGUGAAUUGGACGAGCAGAAUUGUGUCAGUCCUCCUAAAGUUGAUAAUGCACUCAUCAUCUCUAAACCUCAGAAAUUGUAUUCAUCUGGAUCCUAUGUCAAUUACAAAUGUCGAACAAAUUUCACAAUGAAGGGAAAUAAUAAAGUUGAAUGCCGCAAUGCAACGUGGGAGAAAGCACCCACAUGUGAAGCUUUCUGUUCAAAGCCUCUUCGUAUAGUGAACAAUGCUAUACUGAUUGAUCAAACUCAAGGUGAGAGGAAAUAUUCACAUGGAGACACAGCACAGUAUGAGUGUGCUGAAGAUUAUGAAUCUAACAAAAAAACUAUUGCUGAGUGUGAUGCACGAACCUGGAUUUACCCACAAUGCAUUAAAAAAGCUCAGUGUACCAAACCAACAAUAAACUUCAAUAAGAAGUUUGUGACCCUGUUAGAUGAGAAAAAUUCCUUCAACAACUUUGAUGUUUUAAGAUACACGUGUAAUGAACCGUAUGAUAAAAUACCAAACGGAACUUUGAUUUGUAAAGAAGGAAAAUGGAACGGCACAUUUGACUGCACAAGCAGCAUUUGUCCUCCACCACCUAUAAUUGAAAAUGGAGACUUUUACUAUGAGCAGAAGACAGGUCAAGUUACCACAUUGGUACAGUACACUUGCAAGUCUUAUUUUGUUCUGGACAAACCAGACACUUACAGGUGUCAGAAUGGGGUAUGGGAAUGGGACACCCCUCCAAAAUGUCUGAAGCCUUGCGAAAUUACACCUGACAUUUAUAAGGAGUACAAUAUAAAACCUGUCCUUGAUAAAUACAUAAGGCACAGUGCUAAAGGUUAUGUUUAUUGUAAAGAUGGAUGGAAUGUUGGAGGUACUUUGAGAUACUCAUAUUCAAUUGCAUGGUGCACUGAUGGGGAGCUAAAAAUUGAAAAUAAAUGUACAGUAGAAAACACGUUUGGAUAAAAUAAACCAAAGAGGAAACACUGAGGUAAUGCAUCCUUACCUAAAGAUCUUUGAUGUAUUCAAAGCAUGAAGAUGGACAGACACACAAACAAACACAUUUAUGACCAGCGUUGCUUCAGUCUACAAGCUUAUGAAACAGUGAAAUGAUUUAAUACCAUGUUUCUGAAAUUCAUGCUAAUAUGUUUGUGCUUUUUGCUAGUAAAUAAAGCUUUACUACUUCAA